CAGUUUCUCUGUGUGCAGUGAGGACGCGGAGCGAGUGAGCGAGACCAAGAAGACAAGCGAGGGAGGGAGCGUGUGUCAUGUAUGUGCUUUAACUGAGCUAACAGGGAGCAGCAGGAGGAACAUCAGCUGAAACAGAGAGAGAUACAUAGAGAGAGAGCGAGAGAGAGACAUAGAGAGAGAGAGAGAGAGACAUAGAGAGAGAGAGAGAGAGAGAGACAUAGAGAGAGAGAGAGAGAGACAUAGAGAGAGAGAGAGAAAGAGACAUAGAGAGAAAGAGAGAGAGAGAGAGAGACAGAGAGAAGAGGGGCAUAGAGAGAGAGAGUUGGAGGGAGGAGGAAAAUAAGCCCAGGCACAGGGAGACAAAAGCUGCAGAGAGAGAGAAGACUGUUACCUUCUUGCCCUCCACUAAAAGAACAACGGAGGAGGAGGAGGAAGAAGACAAAAGGAGGAGGGAGGCGUACAGUACUGAACAUACUGGAACCAAAUUCAUAGGCUCCUUUUUCAUUACCCUCCUCCAUGUUUUAGGGGGAUUCUACACUAGUGCAUUUGACUGCUGCCUUCUUCUUCAUCUCUAAAAAGAAAGAAAGAGGAGGAUGUCGGGGAAGAAAGAGUUUGACGUGAAACAAAUCCUCAGGCUGCGUUGGCGCUGGUUUAGUCAUUCAUCCCAGAGUUCUGCCGGUGGUGGAGGAGGAGGAGGAGGAGGUGGAGGAGGAGGUGGAGGGGGAGGAGGAGGAGUAGGAUACCUCCAGGGGAGCUUUGAUCACAGAGGGACCCCAGUCCAGGGCAGGCUGAAGAGUCACUCCCGGGACAGAGGUGGCAGCGGAGGUGGACUCUGGAAGCAGAACAGCAACAGUCCGGUCCAUAGUAUCCUGGCACCCACGCCUGUCUAUGUCAGAGCCAGUAAUCAAUCAUGGCACCAGCAGAACAUUAUUCAGCACCUGCAGCAGCAAGGUGGCCACGAGCUGCCUAAGAACAGCAGCUCACCUGACAACACCAGGAAGGAGGACUACUCCAAGAGUAGCCGGGAGAAUGUGAAGAGUGUAGAGGAGUCCUCGGAGAUGGAAGCAAGACACAGGAUGUGCUCCAACGGCUCGGAUGAGUUCUUCCAGGCUACAAACCAUGCGGAACAGACCUUUCGCAAGAUGGAGACUUAUUUUCAGCACAAGCAGCUGUGUGAUGUCGUCUUGAUAGCAGGAGAUCAUAAGAUCCCGGCUCACAGGUUGGUCCUCAGUGCAGUCUCUGACUACUUUGCUGCCAUGUUCACCAGCGACGUGAGAGAGGCCAAACAGGAGGAGAUCAAGAUGGAGGGGGUGGAUCCAGAAGCCUUGAGAUCUCUGGUCCACUUUGCCUACACUGGUGUCCUUGAAUUGAAGGAGGAGACCAUAGAGAGUUUAUUGUCUGCAGCCUGCCUUCUGCAGCUCUCACAAGUCAUUGAGGUCUGCUGUAACUUCCUCAUGAAACAACUCCAUCCAUCUAACUGCCUGGGGAUACACUCCUUCGCUGACGCCCAGGGAUGCAUGGAUCUGCUCAACGUGGCCCACAACUACACUAUGGAGCACUUCAUAGAGGUGAUUCAGAACCAGGAGUUUCUCCUGCUUCCUACUGCUGAGAUCGUCAAACUCUUGGCCAGUGACGACAUAAACGUACCAGAUGAGGAGACCAUCUUCCAGGCUCUGAUGACGUGGGUGCGGUUCGACGUUGACCAUCGCCGGCAGGACCUUGGGGUUCUCCUGGCCUACAUCCGCCUGCCUCUUCUACCUCCACAGCUCCUUGCUGACCUGGAGAACAACACCAUGUUCUCAGAUGACCUGGAAUGCCAGAAGCUUCUAAUGGAAGCCAUGAAGUACCAUCUGCUGCCAGAGCGUCGCCUCAUGUUCCAGAGCCCAAGGACCAAACCCAGGAAGUCCACUGUAGGAGUACUCUACGCUGUGGGAGGCAUGGACGCUACCAAGGGAUCUACGACCAUAGAGAAGUAUGACCUGCGGACCAACACGUGGAUCCAGGUGGGGGUGAUGAACGGCCGGAGGCUGCAGUUCGGGGUGGCAGUGAUCGACGACAAGCUGUACGUGGUGGGGGGCCGAGAUGGGCUGAAGACUUCCAACAUGGUGGAGUGUUACAACCCUUUCAACAAAGUCUGGUCCACCAUGCCUCCCAUGUCUACACACAGACACGGACUCGGUAUAACAGUGUUGGAGGGCCCCAUGUAUGCAGUAGGCGGCCAUGAUGGAUGGAGUUACCUGAACACGGUGGAGAGGUGGGACCCCCAGGCCAGACAGUGGAACUAUGUGGCCAGCAUGUCCACCCCACGCAGCACCAUGGGAGUCACCGCACUCAACGGGAAAUUGUUUGCAGUUGGCGGUCGGGAUGGGAGCUCGUGUCUGCGGUCGAUGGAAUGCUUUGAUCCACACACCAACAAGUGGAGUAUGUGUGCCCCCAUGGCGAAGCGGAGAGGAGGGGUGGGUGUGGCCACGUACAACAGUUUCCUUUAUGCUGUGGGUGGUCAUGAUGCCCCGGCGUCCAACCACUGCUCCAGGCUCUCAGACUGUGUAGAGAGGUAUGAUCCCAAAACAGACACAUGGACCACGGUGUCCUCUCUGAGUGUCCCCAGGGAUGCUGUAGGUAUCUGUCUGCUAGGAGACAGGCUAUAUGCUGUCGGAGGAUACGAUGGAACGUCCUACCUGAACAGUGUUGAGUCCUAUGAUGCACAGAAUAAUGAAUGGACUGAGGAGGUCAAUCUCAACAUCGGAAGGGCUGGAGCCUGUGUUGUAGUUGUGAGAAUACCUUGAGGACUACAACUCCCUACAAAGCCCUGGAAUGACACACAGGAAACCGGAUAUGAUGUCACCACUGAUGUCGCUAAGAAUAUGUUUUUUUUCUACUGUAAAGGCAAAGCUAUAUUGCAUUCCUCACAAACCAUUGUCUCCAUCAACAGUGAUUUUCAUUGUCCAAGGAUUUUCUCUAUGAUUAUGAGAAUGUACUUUACCAUAUCAACGGAUCAACAAUCUGCAUAGUAGUGGUUAAAAAAGUAGGACACUCUGCCACACUCUUGUUGAUAUGGUCUGUCAGA